AUGCGGCCUUGAGCGCAGCGCGGGCACCGCCCGCCCGCCGAGAGCCGCCACAGCGGGAGCCGCCACAGCACCGCCAGCUCCUCCUGCUCGGCGCGCUCCGGACACCGCCCCGCCGCGGAGAGACUCCCCCGCCACGGCCGGGGGCGGAGCGGGACGGGGCGGAGCGGGGCCAGGUCGCGUCCCGCGGCGUGUUCCUGGAGCGCGGGAAGGCCGAGGGUGACAAAACACAGGAUCAACCACCUCAGGAUGUCUGUAAUUCAGCCAGGCACGGCAACACUUCGGAAAGCAAAGAAAACCACUGUAAAAACGUGUUUAGAUAACCCCUUUGUUUUCCAAUGGAAAACCAUCGAUGGAGAAGAUAUGCAUUUUAUACUAGAGACCUUAGAAGAAAGGAUUAAACAUAUUGGACUUAAAAAGAUUGAGAGUCCAAGAAAGAAAAAACGUUCCCUCACAAAAAGACAAACGGAAAGAAAGUGUGAUGCCGGCACCAAUGAUUUCCCUAAAGAGGAAGCAGAAAGCCACCCACAGAAAUCAGGAUGGACUGACAUAAGUAUCAGAAGACAGCUUGCUAUUGGAGUUAACGAAGUUACAAAAGCAUUGGAAAAAAACGAACUUCUCCUCUUGCUGGUGUGCAAGUCUGCCAAGCCCGCGAUGCUCACGUCGCACCUGGUGGAGCUGAGCGCCAGCCGCGCCACGCCGGCGGGGCAGGUGCCGCGCCUCAGCGAGACCCUCGCGCCCCUCCUGGGCCUGACCUCCAUCCUGGCGCUCGGCUUCAGAAAGCACUCGGACACGUUCACCGAGGCUGUAGCAGCCAUAAUCCCGAAGAUACCGGCCUUGGAAGUGCCGUGGUUUCAGUACAGAACUGAAGAAUCCGUGGCUUAUGCAGACACAGAUUCCUCAGGAAGCCUGGAACCCGAAGAGCUUGCAGAGGUGCUGGGGGAUAAGCUCACAAGUCAGAAGCGGAAGCAUACGGAAAGCAGUCAGCCUGAUCUUUCACAUGUAAUUUUGCAGCCUUUGAAAAUCAAGAAACUUGUCCCAAAUCCCAAUAAGAUAAAGAAACCACCUCGCAAAAAGAAAAAGGCUUUUUCAGCAUAACUGAGUUUGGUUCUUUCUAUUCAACAGAUUUUUAAAUGCAGGAUGGAGUACAGUUCUAACAGUUCUUUUAGGCUUUACAGUGUAAAGGUCUUGAAUACAGGGUGAACUUCAUGUUGCAUUUGGCUGAGGUACUUUCUGCUUUAAUAAAAAAUAUUGUUCAGA